UUUCUCCUCAAAGCUGUGACACGCUGCGACAUAGUUUUGCUUCUUUUAAGGCAAUGUCUAUUUCUAGUUAAUGGUGAGUUUGCUUUUGGUCUGAUAUCGUGUUGGAUUGUAAAUCCCCAAUUUACAUUUCGCGCAGACAGAUGUCGUUUUGCACGUGAUUGAAACAUCUUGUGGCAAAUAUUUAAUCUCUGAACGUUCACCCCGGAAGACGCUUGGCGAUGAUGAUGAUGAUGCGGUAAAUCAACAGGGGGAGUUUCCUGUCUCACCGCAGGAAUGCCAGGUGUCGACUACGGGGAGCUCGGGGGCAGCCUCCCUGCCAUCGCCUCCCUGAACGCUUCGUACUCUACGUCGCUGUCCUUCCCGUCUCCGUACCUGUUGGUACCGCCCUCACAACGCAAGGCCGUCUCCGACGUCCGACGCACCUUCUGUCUCUUCGUGACGUUCGACCUGCUCUUCAUCUCUCUCCUGUGGAUUAUUGAGCUCAAUAUCUCCAGCUCAAUCUGGGACAGCCUGAAAAAUGAGGUUGUCCUUUAUAACUACAGGUCUUCCUUCUUUGACAUACUUCUGCUGGCCUUGUUUCGUUUCCUGUGUCUUCAAGUGGGUUACGCUGCAUUUCGGUUGAAGCAUUGGUGGGUUAUUGCGGUUACCACUCUAGUGACCAGCGUCUUCCUCGUUGUUAAGGUCAUCGUAUCUAGCCUCCUUUCCCAGAAUGCCUUUGGCUAUGUGAUACCCAUCACGUCGUUUGUGGUGGCCUGGCUGGAGACCUGGUUCCUUGACUUCAAGGUGCUCCCUCAGGAGGCCGACGAUGAGAGAGCCUACCUGGCGGCGGUGAACGCAGCCUGUGAACGCGCCCCGAUGAUCUACCCCCGUGCCGUUUCAGACGGGCAGUUUUACUCUCCACCUGAAUCCGUCGCAGACUCUGAGGAGGAUCUGGAUGAGGAGGGUCUUGGACGCAGAGCUGUCACUUCACAGGAGAAGGAGUAUGUGAGUCAGGGUCGUGAGGCCAUGUCGGUGGUAGAACAGAUCCUGGCCCAGGAGGACAACUGGAAGUUUGAAAAAAACAAUGACAUGGGCGACUCUGUCUACACUCUGGAGAUCCCCUUCCAUGGAAAGACAUUCAUUCUGAAGGCCUUUAUGCAGUGUUCUGCUGAGCUUGUGUAUCAGGAGGUGAUUCUGCAACCGGAGAAAAUGGUCCAGUGGAACAGAACUGUGUCUGGGUGCCAGAUCCUUCAGAGGGUUGACGACAACACUCUGGUAUCAUAUGAUGUCUCAUCUGGAGCAGCAGGGGGAGUUGUGUCUGCGAGGGACUUUGUUAAUGUUCGGCGAGUGGAGCGCAAACGAGACUGCUACCUGUCUGCUGGCAUGGCAACUGAACACGAAGCCAGACCUCCAAUCGGUCGCUACGUCAGGGGAGAGAACGGUCCAGGAGGAUUUGUGGUCCUCAAAUCCAGCAGUAACCCAUCCGUCUGCACCUUCAUCUGGGUCCUGAACACAGACUUGAAGGGCCGACUGCCUCGCUACCUCAUCCACCAGAGUCUGGCCGCCACCAUGUUUGAGUUCAUGACCCAUUUACGCCAACGUAUCGCUGAGCUGCGGCCCUCUCUCCACUCCCACCACCACACUUAAAAACAGGAGAGACGUCUAACUGUGCUACAGCAGGUGGAGAGGUGUCACUACUGUUUUCUUUAAAUGGACCCUAAAAACGGGCGUAGCGGUACCUUCAGCCGACGGGAUGUGCAACUGUGCAUGACUUCUAAUCACAGGAGACAUGUGACCACACAUUUCAGUCAGAAGGGAGAAGGAGUAUCUCAGAUUUCAAAGGCAAAACUUCAACGAUGUUUUUUUUUUAUCGUGAUCACAUACAUAUUUUUAUGUGGACCUGUAAUUGUUUUGCCGUGUCCCUCGCCGUGCAAUGAGAACUGUUUCCUGAACCAAGUCAUCUUGUGGCUGUGUGGACAAUACUGAAACAAGAAAACCUUGGUGAGGAUGUCAUCGAUUCUCACUGUUUGGGUGUCUGUCUCAGUUGUUACAGAAGAACUGCUGCGAUGGCAUGAAGCAGCUGUCUCCCUGGGCCUUAUCUUACUGAACACAUUGUUAGCCAUUGAUUUACUGCUUUUGUUUAUCGUUCAGAUUAUUUUGUGUGUGUUUCAACUGCGCCAUCAUAUUAUGUUUCUCUGGUGCACCAGCCCUAAAACAAAGCCACACCUCACUGCCAUAUUUACAACCAACAUUUAUUUUGACUUGGCAAUGCUAUUUCCUCACUCUAUUCUCCUUUAUGACACUGUGACUGAUGGGAAAAUAAGUCACCUGCAGUCUCAUUACCACUAGAAGGAGACACCACUGACACAUAGUGAAAGCCUCCUAGUUGGACAUCGUUACCUAUCCUAGGAUGCGAAAAUCAAUCAGUUAACACCAAGUAUUACUGAUGGUUUUCAAUACUGCUUUUGUUUUGCAUUUAGGGAUCAGCCAGGAUGCAGAUUAGGUGGCUGUUAAUCUGUGUUGCAAAUUAAUUCUCAAACUAAUGAAAAAGAAUGAAGAUGAUGGUGUUCAUGAUUUAGGCAGCUGUGUACUUUGUACUUUGGUGCUGAUAACCUUCAGUGGCCUUCUGGUAAAUUAGCUGACUCAUUAUUUGUCAUCAAAAGUUAUUACUGUACUGAUAUGAUUUACUUUGACUUUAGCUCUGGCCUCCCCUCAGGCCCUGGCAUUUGGCACUGAAUGAGUUUUGUUUUUUUCUAUCAUAUCUUACAUUAUGGAGCAUGUUGUUGUUUUUAAACAAUUAGAAAUGCUGCUUCUAGCUUAAGUUUUUUAGCUUUGUUUCAAAGUCUGUACCUCAGAAAAUCUGGAUUUAUCAUCACAUCCGCCAAGGAGGUCAUGUUUUCAGUUCGAUUUGUUUGUCAGCAGGAUUACACGAGUGCCCAUCUAGUUGCAUAUGAAAUGAAAACUGGAAAAACUUGUUCAAACUACUAUGGAGUUGAACUAAAGAGAGUGAGUUCCUCUUCCUCAUGCUUUUCAAUCUUGAGAAAAAACUGUUGAGCUGUUCACACAUUGAAGGAGCAUAUUUAUGGGUGUAAUUGUGAGGCCUCAAGGCCACAUCAUGGCCUUGAGGCGUUUUACUUUGUAAGCCCAGGUAUUUGUGAAUGCUGUGAUCACAGUCUGAUUAUUAUUCUUUCUUACGAAGUCCAAAACAAGUGGCUAUUGAGAUUAUCUGGAACUCGUGUGAGGAUGAUUUUAGCAACAUACUGUACUGAGAGAAUGUCAAAUGAAAGAAAUUAAUGUUAUCAACAAUUUGGUGCCUUUAUCACAGUAAAAUUACAUGUCAGCCAUUUAUUUUGUUUUGCAUUUAUUUGAUCCUGUUAAAUCAAUGCUAAAUACAUUCACAUUAUACUGAAUGCAUAUGAAGCCUGCUUAGAGUAUUGGUUUUCUUUGAUAAUGGUUUUUUUUAAUACUUUGAAUGUGUCUAUGGAUCAUUCAUCACACGUUAAUUUAAAGCCAUCACAGGAAUACUGACCAACAGUUUUUAAGUCUUAACCAGUGUCUUAUGUCGAAUAAAAUAUAUGAACUUGUAACGGUGUUCCAGCUUGCAAACCUCACU